UAUAUAACAGAAGAAAGAUAAGAAGAAAUAAUUAAUUUUAAAAACAAUUCUCUUUUACUCAGAAAUGGGAGCCAAAACAUCAAAAUCAACUACUCAAGUUAAUAUUAAAGAAAAACUAAUUUGUCGAAAAGUCGAGCAAUUACUUGACACUGUCUAUGAUGACGAUACUCAGGAACUCAAUUACACAAGUAUAGUAGAAUUUUGGGAGACCCUCAAGAACAAAACUAUUUUUAAGAAGAAGUGCAAGAAUAAGGAAGGUCUUCUCAAGGCCUUCUAUAAUCUAGAAUUCACCAACUCAAACCUGAAGAUCAGCCAGUUGCUGAUCAUCCACUUAAAGGAGGAGCAUAUGAUUGAGUUGCUAAGGAGAGAUGCCUCUUUGGCAGAUUCGAUCAAGGAUGAUCUUGACUCAGAAGGUAACACCUGCGGUCAUAUCGCCUUGAUGUAUGACAAGCAAGAAGUUCUCUCAGAACUCAUCUCCUUGAAUCCAAAAUUGGCAGUCAUCAGGAACAAAAAGGGUGAAUGUAUCUCAGAAAUAGGUGAAAGAUUCAAUAGGACCUGCACUGAGGCUUUCCUUACUGCCAGGAUGAUGACUUCUCCCUCAUCUGUCAGAAGGCAUAGCCUUCUGGCUGAUAGGAUGGAUUCCUCCUCCUUGUCCGAUAGCAUGGACAGAGAUUAGGAGUCCCAACUCUAAAUAAUUUAGGAAUACUU